AUGGCAAGACCAGGAACUCGAUCGUCGGCUCGAGGCGCUUCAGGCGGCCCAUCUGUGCCUCAGAAGCGCAAGAGAGCGCCACGAGGUAGCGCUACCAAUGGGGUUCCUGUGCAGGGGUCCGAUCGUGCGACAUUUGAGCAAAAACAUAUGCCCUCUCCGGCUCUUGCAGAUGAUGAGCUUUCUCCAGAUGGGAAGGAAUCGCCGUCCAAUGACACCUUUGAAAUCCAGCCACACGGGGAGUCCAGCCCUCACGAGGAACCAAAGAUGCCAAGCGAAUCAAAGCUUCCCAUGAGGAACGGCUCGCAGACAGCAAAGGCCCAUCUGUCGGAGCUUUCGCCUACAGAAGGCGAUUCAGGAAUUUCUCUCGGCGGUCUAGACAAGGACUCGUCAUCUCCCAGGAAGAGCAGUGCGUCGCCAGCUUCCCCCGAGGCGAGAGAUAUGCGCCCGAAACAUGAAUCGACUGACGCACACGAUGACCAAGAGCAACUGAGCGCUUCCAAUGGUCGCAUUGAAGCAAUGGCUGCUGUAUAUGAUGAGAAAUCUGGGCCAUUAACGGCCCCUCCUGCUGCUCAGCCCUCCAGCAUUAAGAAGGAGUCAGACAUUCCAGAUCCUGCAGCAGAGGAGCUUGUCAAGGCCGAUGAUAUCCCUGCUGUGAGAAGCUCCCAUGAAUCAGCCCCGCCAUUGCGGAUAGUCGCCAAUGAUCAUCAAAGCGAGGGCAGUUACGAAGAGCUUCCCCAUAAUUUGGGAACCACUUUUGUUGCUAAGAAGUCCCCUGCCUCUGAUUCGCCGUCAGCUGAAGUCUCUCGAAAGAGUCAAGAUCACUUUGAUGAUAAGGCCGGGGUCAAUGCUGUGGUUAGCAAAGACAAGUCCAAGCUCAGUGCUACCACCCCACAAGAGCAAGCGACUCAAGGAGAUGCCCCAAAGAAGAAAGCUAAAAAGUCCAGCUAUGGCCUUACUCCAGGAGAGACGCCGUUUCCCGACUUCAAGGCGCCAACCCCUGAGGUGUGCCGCAAAGUGAAUGACCUACUUUCUCAGGCUCACGGCAAAGUCAUUGCACCCAAGACCAUUCCUGAACCUUCGCUGACCGUCACUGGCUGCGGUGAAGUACCAUCAGUCCUGGAUGCCUUGAUUCGUACCCUUCUCAGCGGUGCCACUACAGGAACCAACUCUGCUCGAGCCUUCAACGGACUCGUGCAGCGAUUUGGCACGCUUGAGGAUGGUAUUGGCAAGGGAAGUGUCAACUGGGAUGCAGUCCGUCAAGCCCCAUUGAAAGAUGUCUUCAAAGCGAUAGAGCGUGGUGGACUGGCAGAUGUCAAGAGCAAGAAUUUGAAGAAACUUCUCGAUCAAGUCUAUGAGGAGAACCAAGAGCGCAAGCACCGGCACGACACUGAAGACACUCUAGUAAUGGACCAAAAGAACUCAGAUUCCUCCUCUGGUGAUACCAAAGAAGCGGAAAAGGUGAAAGAAUAUGAUAUUGCCACCGUCAACGAACACUUCCUGAAUCUGCAGUAUCUUCACAAAUAUAAGACUGUGGACGCAUUGAAAGCUCUGAUCAGAUAUCCUGGUAUUGGCCCCAAGACUGCAGCCUGUGUCUUGCUUUUUUGUCUGCAACGCCCUUGCUUUGCAGUCGAUACGCACAUCUUCCGCAUAUGCAAGUGGCUUGGCUGGGUACCACCCAAUGCCAACGAGAUCACUGCCUUCAGUCAUCUGGAUGUCAGGAUCCCUGACGAUCUCAAAUAUUCACUACAUCAAUUGCUGAUCAAGCACGGCAAGCAAUGUCCGCGCUGUCGUGCAAUUACAAGUCCCUCAAGCGCCGACUGGGACAAAGGAUGUGUCAUUGAGGAUUUUGUCAAACGAUCCGGACGAAAAGUCCUGGAGAAGCCACACGCACGUGCGGAGACGGGGGCAUCAAAGAAGAUAUCUGCGCAGGUCAAAAAAGAUGUCAACACCACUUCAAAGUCCAAAAAACCCUCACGUUCUUCAGUGAAAAGUGCCGGGAAAACACGAGCAAUCACCCGCGCAUCGAGUGAGUCUGAAGACACCAUGUCCGACCUCACCGACAACUCAUCUGAGGACAACAUGGAGAUUGAUGAUUCAGGGGAGUCGACUUCGGAUCAGGAUCAAAAAGCACCAUCAAGGAAUCUGAAGCGCAAACGUGGGGGUGUCAAAGCCUCGACUGGGUUGAGACAACAACCCGAGGCCAAAGCAGCUUCAAGCAAGAAAAAGAGCAAUAUGAAGCAGGCAGAGAGUAAGAUAAAGCCCGCCAAGCCCCUGACUGCUCCGACACGAAGAUCUUCGCGGUUGAACCGGGUCUAG